UAAAGCUUCUAAUUGCCAGCUUGCGUGGUCUCACGAAUCCACCUGCAAUUAGUGUGACAUUCGGCAUUUGCAGGAUAGUACCAGCACCGCAGUAUGUGGUCGACAACAUCUGUCUUAUUUUUAUGCUGCUCCUCGAUUCUCAUCGGUAAAGUGCGCGCGGAAGUGAAAUGCUACGGGGAGCUCGGUUGCAUGGACAUGGGCGGCGACUUCUACGACCCCGUGCACCGUCCCGUGAACCUCGUCCCGGCAGACAGGCACGUGGUGAACACCAAAUUCCUCCUGUACAACCGACGCAUCCAGCCGGGCCACGUGGUGCUCAUGUGGAAUUCCCCCGUGGAAUCGAUUAGCGCCGCACCUUUCAACAGCUCCCGGGAGACAAAGUUCCUCGUACACGGAUACCUGGACAGGUUAUCCUUCGGCGCCUGGAUGUCCGAAAUGAAAGAUGCCUACCUGAAGCAGGCGGACGUGAACGUGAUCAUUGUCGACUGGAGCGAAGGAAACGUUGGCCUCUACGAGAGCGCAUGCGCCAACGCCAGGAUCGUCGGCGCCGAGUUGGCGCUCUUCAUUAGGAAACUGAAGGAGGCGUUCGGUGCCGACCCGAGGUCGAUGCACAUAAUUGGCCACAGCUUGGGUGCACAUGUGGCGGGUUACGCCGGCGCCAACACCACCAACCUCGGCAGGAUCACAGCCCUGGAUCCUGCCGAACCAAACUACCAGAAGAUGCCAGCCAGUGUACGCGUGGACCCCACGGACGCCGAAUUUGUGGACGCCAUCCACACAGAUGCUCAUCCCUAUCUCGUCAAGCUGUGGCGCAGCGAAGGAAUGGGAAUGUGGGACCCCGUCGGCCACGUCGACUUCUAUCCCAACGGCGGCGAAUACAUGCCAGGAUGCGACACGGUCAACCGAGUCUGGAAGAUAUUUACUCAUGGCGUUAUCAAAGGUGUCCGCGACGUCCUUAGCUGCAACCACCAGCGCGCCAUCAAGUACAUGUUGGAGUCGAUCUCGAACCAGGACUGCCUGCCACUCGCCUACGAGUGCCGUACCUUCGAGGCGUACGAGUCGGGACAAUGCUCCAACUGCGGCGCAGAUGGCUCAAAGUGCGCAGCCAUGGGUGAGCGUGCUGUAGAGUGGAAACGCUUCAAGAAGGACGAGCCGACACCAAUGUUCACCGUCACCAACGCUCACAGCAAAUUCUGUUUGUUCCAGUAUGCAGUUACGCUAACUACUGGCAAAAAAGUACAAUAUGGCAACGGCAGGGGUGUCGUUCUCCUGCGAGAAGAAGGCCACGACGAGAGCAUCAAUGUCAACGAAGGGCCAAUCGAUUUCAAUCCGCAGCGGAACUACACGUUCUUGGUUUCGUCGUCAACCCCAAUAACCGGCACAAAGCAGGCUGUUCAUGGAAUACAGGACGACCCAAAUCCUGUUCACCUACAACAUUCCUAUGAUUCGAGUCUCCAUUCGACCGAUGACGUCAGCAUUUACGGAAAGCGAAGCUUUAGAGAAAACAUUUCACAAGUGCUCUGCGUGGAACCCUGCAGGAAUCUCAACACACAUCCCGGUGGCAUUAAAGGAUUGCUAGACGUCAUUUUGCUGUCCAUUGCUCUGCAAAAGACACUAUAA